AUGGCUGAUAAGUGUCAUUUGUGUCUGCUGGGACUGAUCAUUCUCUCUUCACUUCUCACAGGUACCAGUAGAGUAGAUGAGACUCAUGUGUUCAUCAGUUCUGGUGAAAAUGUCCGUCUGCCCUGUAAUAAUCAUCUUCAUGACUGCACAUCAACUACAUGGUUCUAUAAAAACAGACAUUCAGCAUCAGUUGAACUAAUUGGGGACGGGAUAGUUAUAAAAUACGUUGAGAGACAUGAGAGACUGAUUCUUGGGUUUGACUGCUCUCUGAACAUCACAAACAUCACAAAAGAUGAUUAUGGACUUUACUGCUGCCGACAAUAUGUGAAUGACACACAACAAGGAACUGAUGCUUAUGUUUAUCUGCAUGUUCUUCAUGUCUCUUCAUCAUCCUCACAGACUGAGAUCAGUGCAGGCAGCUCUGUGACUCUCUCCUGUCAGUUGUAUUCAGAUUCACAUAGUAGAGCCUCUUGUGAUGAUUGGAUCCGUUCUGAGGAAAUUCAGCUGUUCUGGGUGAAUCAGGCUGGUGUUAAACUGACAAUAUCAGACACCAUAUAUCAGGAAUCAGCUCCAGGACUCUGUAUCAGCACUGUGAACACAACACUCCUGAAUGAAGAUGACAACAGAGAGUGGAGAUGUGAAGUUACUCACAGAAAUCAAGUCAAGACCUCAGUCACAUAUACUGUCAAGAGUUCAGGUACCAGUGGAGUGGAUGAUGCUCAUGUGUUCAUCAGUUCUGGUGAAAAUGUCCGUCUGCCCUGUAAUAAUGCUCUUCAUGACUGUAAAUCAACUACAUGGAUCUACGACAGUUUCAGACAUUCAGCAACAGUUGAACUGAUUGGUUUAGGUAAAAAGAAUAAAGACAUCAAGAGACAUGAGAGACUGAGUCUGGGGUCUGACUGCUCUCUGAACAUCACGAACAUCAUAAAAGAAGAUUAUGGACUUUACAGCUGCCUACAAUAUGUGAAUGACAAACAACAAGGAGCUGAUGCAUGUGUUUAUCUGCAUGUUCUUCAUGUCUCUUCAUCAUCCUCACAGACUAAGAUCAGUGCAGGCAGCUCUGUGUCUCUCUCCUGUCAGUUGUAUUCAUUUGCUGGAGUCUCUUGUGAUGAUUUGAUCCGUUAUAAGGGAAUUCAGCUGUUCUGGGUGAAUCAGGCUGGUGUUAAAGUGACAAUAUCAGACUCCAGAUAUCAGGAAUCAGCUCCAGGAUGCUGUAUCAAAACUCUGACUACAACACUCCUGAAUGAAGAUGACAACAGAGAGUGGAGAUGUGAAGUUACUCACAGAAAUCAAGUCAAGACCUCAGUCACAUAUACUGUCAAGAGUUCAGCUCAAGAUAAAACAACGGCAGCAGUGAUUCCAGUCCACAUCACAAAAUCAACUACAACGACAGCAGUAACUUCUACACAAGCUCCAGUCACUUCAACACUGAUUCCAGUCAGCAGAUCAAACUCUGAGACGACUUCAAGACAAACUACAGCAGCAGCUCCUACACAAGGUUCAUCAUCACUGACACACAUCAGCAUGUCACAUGUCACACUUUACACACACAUAUCUAUAAAUGAGAAAGAGAUCACAUUGGACAGAAAGAUUCUUUUAAAGUGUCAUUAG